AUGUCAGCCUCACCCCCCAGCCUCCUCUCCUCCAACACGCAAACCCUCACGCCCCUCGAACAAGAGGUCCUCGACGAAUACGCGCGCCUCCUCGAGAACCUCAACAAACUCGGCACAUCAAUCGCCGACAUCGCCGGCCUCCCCACCGCAAAGAUCCUCGACAGCCUGCGCGGGCUCGAGCGCAAGACGGGGCUGGUAUUCACGCUGCUCAAGGCGUCGGUGUACUCCAUGGUGCUGCAGCAGCAGCUGGAUGUCGAGCGCCGGGACCAGGAGGAGGAGGAUGAUGCCCACGGGGGUGGAGGGGGGAGGGGGGACGGGAGUGAUAGUGAUGUUGAGAUGGGGUUUUAG